AUGAAAAUGAUCGACACAGACUCCACCCUUAAACCUUUUAGAUUCCGUGCAAACACUCCAAAAUCAAACACCGGACUUGUAUAUGUUUUUGUGGACAAUUCCAACUUGUUUAUCGAAGGAAAAUAUACUGUUGGUCGUAUUGAAAGAGCAGACAUAUUUGAUUACCAAAGAAAUUCAUACCAACUUAACCAGCUCUAUAUUGAUCAUGGACGCAGUGAUCCGGUAAUUGUUGGCUCUCGUCCACCUCCAAACGAUUCACUAUGGGAUAGAAUGAAAAAUCAAGGUUUUAGUGUGACUGUUUAUGACCGUGUCGCAAAUAAAGAAAAGAAAGUCGAUAUGGAAGUUGGAAAUUCUAUAGUAGAUUCCAUCUAUAUUAAUGAUCCUGGUGUAAUUCUUUUAAUUGCUGGCGAUGGUGAUUAUUAUCCUUCAUUAACACGAGCCCUGGAUCGUAAUUGGAAGAUUGAAGUCUGGUUUUGGUCAUCAGGGAUAUCCGGUGAUCUAAAGAAAAAAUCCUUUGUUUACCAUCUGGAUGACUUUUACAGACGCUUUUCAUAUGUGUACGGACAAGAUCCCGUGGGAAAAAACCAUAUCCUUGAAAUAACUGAUGGCGAAACACUCAUGAAAUGGCAAGAUGAUGAAAUAAUGGAAUGUUUUGAUUCAUUAGAAUUAUUUGGAUGGUGGUCCAGGAAAGAAGGACCGACUAUACACUUAUACUUUGAUAACAAAACACAUUCGAAAAAAGCAAAAAAUUGGAUGGAGUCCAAUCAUCCGGAUGUAAAGGUUUGGGAAAUAGAGAAAAAAAGAAAAAGUUGGUCAGAAUAA